AUGUCAUCCGGUGACAACAGAGGGCACGCCGACUCGGACAAGAUUCAACCCCAGUACCACGACGUUAGCCACAAUCCGGUAGUCGACAUCAUGACUGCUCACAGCAACACCACCGACGUGGUCGUGGAGAAGCCCGCCAUCUCGAGUGCCGACUCCGAUCUCAAGACCACCAUCCCCACCGGCCAAUAUGUCGACACCGAGAGCCAAGACCACGUUGGUUCCAUCGAUGGCGAAGAGCAGGAACCUGCUAGGCGGUACAGCUGGUCCUGGUUCUAUGGUUACGCCAGGCCUUACAUCCACGCUGCUAUCUGGGUGCUUUUUACGGUAUGGUGGAUCUACGGCCCUCUUAUCCAUCACCGUCAUGACCAUCUUGGAUGGCUGAAGCCGACCCUCGUCUAUAUCGCCAUCUGCGCGCGAAUCAUCUUCUGCUACCUGCCUACUAGCAUCGUUAUGCGCCCGGCUAGGAUGGUCUGGCAGCACACAGUCCAUAGGGGGUAUGCUUUGAUCCCUGAUAAGCUCCAUCAGCCGCUUGCUGCCCUUGGUACAGUCGGUGUCUUCCUCCUCGGCAGCAUGAUCCCUGAAGAGGUCGGCGAGAACACUCGCGCCAUGCGGGCCAUCCCCAUCUUCGGCCUCUUCGUCAUGAUCGGCCUCCUCACCCUCACUUCUCGCAAUUGGAGGAAGAUUCCCUGGCACACCGUCAUUGGUGGUAUGCUCACCCAGUUCGUCAUCGCUGUCUUUGUGCUCAAGACCAAGGCUGGUUAUGACAUCUUCAGCUUCAUUUCCGAGAUGGCCCGCACUCUGCUCGGUUUCGCCAAUGCGGGUGUCAUCUUCUUGACUGACGACACGGUUCCCAACCUUCCCUGGUUCUUUACCGGUGUUGUCCCUCCCAUCAUCUUCUUCGUCGCCCUUGUCCAGCUCUGCUACCACCUGGGUUUCAUCCAGUGGUUCAUUGGCAAAUUUGCCGUCUUCUUCUUCUGGACCCUCCGCGUCUCGGGUGCCGAAGCCGUCGGCGAGUCGGCCAUGUUGAUCCGUCCUUUCGUGCCUCACUUGACUCUGGCCGAAAUUCACCAGGUCAUGACUUGCGGUUUUGCCACCAUUGCUGGCUCUGUCCUGGUUGCUUACAUCGGUCUUGGUCUUAACGCCCAAGCCCUCGUCUCCAGCUGCAUCAUGUCUAUCCCGGCUUCCUUGGCUGUUUCCAAGAUGCGUUACCCCGAGACGGAGGAGACCCUGACCUCUGGCCGCGUUGUGGUUCCCGAGGACGAUGAGCACAAGGCCGCCAACGCCCUUCACGCUUUUGCCAAUGGUGCCUGGCUUGGUAUCAAGAUUGCUGGCAUGAUCGUCGCCACUCUCCUCUGUAUCAUUGCCAUUGUUGCUUUCGUCAACGGCCUUCUCGGUUGGUGGGGCAAGUACUGGGGCUUGAUGGGCCAGGACGACAAGCACCCUAUUCUCUCGCUGGAGCUUAUUCUAGGAUAUCUCAUGUAUCCUGUCGCUUGGCUUUUGGGUGUUCCUGAGAAGGAUCUCCUUCCUGUUGGCGAACUGAUUGGAUCGAAGAUCAUCAUCAACGAAUUCUUCGCCUUCAACAAGCUCACCAACGAGGAGCCCUACAAGAGCAUGAGCCCUCGCUCUCAGCUCAUUGCUACCUAUGCCGUUUGCGGUUUCGGCAACAUUGGAUCUCUUGGUACCCAGAUUGGUGUGCUUUCUCAGCUCGCUCCUGGACGUGCUGGUGAUGUCUCCAAGGUCGCCAUGUCGGCUCUUUUCUCCGGCAUUCUGUCUACAUUGACCUCCGCGGCUGUUGCGGGCAUGCUUUACGACGGAAGGUAA